AUGACGUCAUCUACCAGUAAACCAAAAGUGCAGACUGAGGAGGAGAUAAUUGAAGGAUUCAAUCGUCUGCGUUAUGAGCAGAGGACAAUCGGUAGCAAAAUUAAUGAUCUAGAACUUGAUCAACGUGAGCACAAUAUGGUCAUCAAAGUGUUACAGUCUGUUGAACCUACUCGAAAGUGUAUGCGAAUGAUAGACAAUGUGUUAAUUGAACGCCAGGUGAAAGAUAUUCUUCCAGAUCUGGAAGCCAAUGUGCAAAAAAUGUCUGAGUGUAUUGAAACUUUGUCAAAACAGUUCGAAGCGAAAGGCCGUGAGCUCCAAAGAUAUAAAGCUGAGCAUAAGAUAAGAAUUGCUGGUGAAAAGGAGCCUUCAGAAUCAGAAAAGAAAAAUACUGUUUCUUCAUCAUCAACAUCUGGUGUCUUGGUGUCCUGAAACAUUUUACUGUAUAUAACAUAUAUAUCUGUAAAAUGUAAUCAGAAAUAUAUAUUAUACUCCAAAUUUACAAAGCGAAACUAAUUCAUUCCCAUCUUUGCAAGGAAAACUAUUAAUAAAACACUAUUUUCUUUUGAAUAAAUGUUUGUCUUCUUUUUACAUGCUACAGGGGGAUACCUUUUUCUAUAUUUAGUUAAUAUAUCUCAAUGCAUAUCUCGUCGUAUAUUUCAUUUGAUGACUUCAGGUAUGUAGAUAAAGAAACAUGACUAAAUUACUGACAUAUUAAUUCUUCAG